UCAUACCAAUCGUUGAACAGUUGAAUUAAUAUAUCAAUGAUCGGAAUCAAGAAAGAGGCUGUAUUUUUCUUCGGGAAAUUAAUAACCUCCAAAAUCUCGACAUUCACAAAUGUAUAUGAGGGAAGACAUUUCACUGGUUUAAAGAAUAAACGACCUCGGAAGAAAUAUGAUCAGCUUAGUAGAAGAGGUUCGAAAGGGAGGGAACUUGUACUAGAAUAUUUCAGCGGGACAACGCUCGUGGAACACAUCGACCAACUGCCACUAAAUCUUUUUGCUAGUCCAACCUCAAAUAAUUACAAUGUAUACUUGUGUCACGACGAUGUGGCCGCCCAAGUUGUAAAUAUGGUAAAAGAUGAUCUCUCAACCUCUCCUUCCAAAGUCAUUGAAAUGAACCCAGGGAUAGGUUCGUUGACUAAGAAAUUGAUCGACUUUAACGUUCGGUUCGUCAAAUUAUUGGAACCAAAUGAGAAGUUUACCACAAUUUUGAAGGACUCGUUGAUAAGAUAUUCGGAAAAUGUAAAUAUUGAAAAUUUUGAUCUUGUGAACUUUUGGAAACUAGUUUACCAAGACAAGUUUCAAGUUCCCCCGAGGGUGCCUCAGCUUCUUUCAGAGUUUUCGCGUGUUCCAUGGGGAAACGAGCGUGGCUUGAAAAUUAUUGGAAGUGUUAUGGAUGGUAAAUUUAUUAGUUUUGUAGCGUUGGAUAUAAUUAGACAGAGCAAGUUGUCCUCCUAUGGAAGACCUUGCCUUUAUCUCUGCAUGCCGCCAGAGAUUUGGGAGAAAUACACAAAUGAUGGCUCACACCCACGGCGAAGGACCACGCCUAUGUCCGUAUUAUUUCAAACGAUAUUUGACUGUGAAAUACUCGGUCGAGUAUCUAGAAGAGCAUUUCUACCCUGGCAGACGUAUUCCGUACGACUCAACCAAAAGGAAUUGGCGAAUAACGAGGCGGUGAUGUACGUCGUAAGGAUCGAAGGAAAGAAAAAUCUCUUCUCAGAAGUUAUGGAUGAAGAGCUCUUAGAACCAUAUUGGUUUUUUCUUCGUCAUAUUCUGCGCUCACAAUCAAACAGAGUUAUACAACAAAUGGAAUGCUGGGAACCGGAUUGCGGACUUGCUUUAAUCAAACAAGGAUAUAAUGUAUUCACCUAUUUCAGUGAUUUGAAACCAGUAAAAAUAUACGAACUCUAUAAGGACUUUACUACCUGGCCUAGCUUUCAAUCUUCGUUCAUACCUUGUGUAGAGAAUUCAAUCGUAAUCGAUUAUUUAUAGAUCUGAGUCGAAAAGAUGGUUCCUUUGCAUCCUGUAC